AACACAGAUCCCGAGAUCAGUGGGCAGACCCGAAAACACAGGAUUAUUCCUUCUGGAUUUCCCGCUUUCUUAUUGGUGGAAUUGAAGUGUUUGCUAAAACGUCACGAAGAAGGACUGGUGUUUGCCAUGUUGUUGUUCGAGAAACCAUCGUAACGGUUCUGAUAGCUAACCAGCUACAGUUAACAUAGAAAAUUUACUCUUAGUGACUUAAUCACUAGUAUCUAUAUGUAGUGAUAUUUAACUGUCCAUACGUAACGAUAUACGAUGGGGUGCAGUUCAGCCAGCAGAAAUUGGCUUUGAAUGGAUACUACUGCAGCAUGAUCUUUUCAGUGUUUGAGGAUGCCAGCCGGGGAGAGUGAAGCCAAAGUGAAGACAAAGGCCCUCUUUGAUGAGGUUUUAAAGAGGUACACAGACCCCCCUUCCGAGAAGAAAAAGUCAAGGAAGAAGGACACCAGACCGGAAGAGAACAUAGUUCUUGAGACCUUGAAGAAAAACUUGGACCUCUCCAAAUCUGCCGAAGAUGACGAGACGGUCUUCAACAACACGUACCGGCCCGAGGAGGGCAGCCCCCGCUACACCAAGAACAGACAGCGGGAGAGGGAGCUGGCCGAGAAGGCCAACAACGGCCACCCGACCGCGGAGGGGUCCAAGCGCUCCAAAAUCCGGAAGAAGAGCACGAGGGCACUGCCGGAGCCGCCCCUUCUGGAGCACGCUCCCCGUCGCAUAGGCCAGGACGAAGCGGAGGAUGCUGGGAAUAUGCCAGAGCUCAAGCCAAAAGCCGAGCCCAAAGCCACCCCAGAGGGGGAAGGCCUCGGGAAGAAGGCGGGGAGGCACAAGAAGGGGCGGAAAAAAGGGGUGGAGGACGCCAGGGGUCAGGCGGCGGAGCUGGAGCCAGAGGACGAGCUCCUGCAGGAGUACCAGCAGCGAAUUGCAGAGCGGGAGGAGAAUGCGGUCAGGGAGACGUCGCACAGAAGGACGGCUGAGAGGACGAGUGAUACUGAGCAGCGGACAGUCCUGAACAACGAGGUCGGAAAAAAGAAAAGGAAGAAGCUGAGGUCACGCGAGGCAGAGGGGGAAGCUGGUCCAGAGUCAUUCAUUGAGAAGCAGGGCGUCCAGGCUGAGGAGAGCAAACCAAAUGCGAAAUCAAAGGCUUUCCCUGACACGGAGAGAGAGGGACUGAGCAAACCAUCAGCAGAGACGGAGGGGGCAGAGGAGAGGGAGGAAACACCAAAACACCAUGGGAAAAAGAAGAAGAAACAAAAAAAAGAGGUGAGGGCGGAGAGCGACGAGGAGCCGGACGGCCCCGUGAAGCCUGCCUUCGAUGACAGCCUGGUUCUGGGAGUCUACAUCCACAGGACCGACCGGCUGAAGACGGACCUGAUGGUGUCCCACCCUAUGGUCAAGGUCCAUGUCAUCGACGAGAACACGGGCCAGUACGUGAAGAAGGAGGACAGCCAUCGGCCCGUCUCCUCGUUUUACGAGCAGGAGACUGUGGACCACGUCCUUCCCAUCAUGACCCAGCCGUUUGACUUCAGGAAGCAUAAAUCGACCAUCCCUGAGUGGGAGGAGCAGAUCAUCUUUAAUGAGCGAUUUGGCUAUUUCCUCCAGGACGACAGCAAAAGCCCCAGAGUGAUGCUGUUUUUCGAGGUCCUUGAUUUUAUAAGUAUGGAUGAAGCACGGGCAAAUGUUGAAGUCGACUACCACGAACGGGGCUUCCGCAAAAUCGCAUGGGCGUUCCUGAAGCUCGUGGGCACGAACGGGGUGUUGAAUGUGGACAGCAGGCUGAGGCUGCAGCUGUACUGUCCGCCACCCCACGUCAGGAAGGUCCCGCACACGGUGGAGGUGGUGGAGUGGUGGAGGCGUUUCCCCAGGAACAGAUACGCCUCCACGCUCUACGUCACUGUCAAGGGCCUCAAGCCACCUGAACAUGUGGACCCCAGCAUGCGGUCCAUGAUGGCCCUGCAGCAGGAGCGGGGCAGCACCUCCUACAGUGAGCUCCAGAGUGAGCUUGUCAGGAAGAGCGACGGCCAGCCGGCCGACAGCAAAGCCCCCGUCCUGAAGUGGAGCAGGGUGCCCGGACAGGUGUGCCGCAUUCCCAACAAGUCCAUGCUGACGUUCCGCGGGGGCCAGAUGGGCUGCUUCACCCUGCGCUUCUCGCCCGAUGGCAGAGCCCUUGCUGCAGCCUGCGUCGACCGGGAUGCCUUUCCAAUCAUCGUGUAUGAGAUCCCAUCUGGCAAAGUUCUGUCUGCUUUCAACGGCCACCUCAGCAUCGUGUAUGAUCUCUGCUGGUCCAGGGACAACAGCAGUCUGCUGUCAGCCUCCUCCGACGGGACUGUCCGAAUGUGGAACGUGGAAAGGCUAGAUCGGAUCGCCCAGAAGGUCCUGCCCCACCCCUCCUUCGUGUACUGCGCUCAGUACCACCCCUCCGCCCAGAACCUGGUAGUGACUGGAGGCUACGACUGCCUGGUACGCGUUUGGGACGUUGAAGUCCGCGACGUCAAUGGCCAGCUGCUGCAGGAGUUCGAGGGGCACAAGAGCUUUAUCAACUGCCUGUGCUUCGAUGCAGAUGGGCUGCGGAUGUUCUCCGGGGACAAUGUGGGGCUGCUAAUCGCGUGGAACACAUCGGUAGAUGGAGAUUCCCCCCAGAGCCCAACCCGUCGAUGGGGCAUUGAAAGGGAAAUAGAGGAAGCGGAUUUGAAGGGCAUUCCUGUCAGUACGCUGGAAGUGCAUCCCAAUGGACGUCGUCUGCUGAUCCAGGCCAAGGACAGCGUCGUGAGGGUCAUGGAUCUGAGAAUCCUGGCGGUGCAGAAGUACACUGGAGCAACAAACUACCGGGAGCGCAUUCACAGCACCUUCAGCCCCUGCGGGAGCUUCAUCUUCUCCGGGAGCGAGGACGGCAUGGCCUACGUGUGGAACGCUGAGACCGGUGACCAGGUGGCCGUGUACUCUGAGCUGUGCUACCCCACACCCCUGCGGGACGUGGCCUUCCACCCGCACGAGAACAUGGUGGCUUUCUGCGCUUUUGGACAGAACCAGCCCGUGCACGUCUAUCUGUACGACCACAAAGUUACCCAGAUGGAACUGGAGAGUAUGAAAGGGAUGAACAGGAUUGGCUCAACGGACACCAGAACAUUCCAGACCACGUCUAACCUGGCGGCCUUCAGGGACCCCACCGCAGCCGCUAUGGAUCGAUUCGCCAGCACGGCGCGCAUGUCGCUGAAGAUGCAGCACGUCAAGCAGAAGCUUGACUCUGUUCUUAAUCCUCCUCGAAACUUUUCAGCAGUGGACUACCAUUAUGAUCAAGCAGGUGGGGGUUCUGGCAUUGGGAGAGACCUGUCCCAAGUGGCCAAUUUCAUGGCUCCUGGAACCAGUGUGCUCAUCAGCAAUAUCGGCACCAGCCUCUCUCUGCCUGUUCCGUCUUUGCUCUCUCCUCACUCCAAGCUCCAUUUAUCCGGCUCUCUGGCCCCUCCUCUCGUCCCCCAGGCAACCCUGAACUCCCAGUCCCGUUUUAGUCCCGUUGGCCAGAGAUUCACCCGUGCACCAUCUCUCAGGGUUCAGACGAGCUUCCCUGAUCAGGCGUCUUCUGCUAUUCGAGUUGAAGCUGAUUCAUAUGUACCAGUCCAGCAAACAGUGGUGUCCCUAUAUGACUACAGCGCCAACCGUUCAGAUGAACUGACAGUACGGCGCGGUGACGUCAUACACGUCCUGUACAAGGACAAUGACAACUGGUGGUUCGGCCGCAUGGCGAACGGACAGCAGGGCUAUUUCCCAGCCAAUUACGUCGCUGACGAGAGGGGGCUGGAGGAGGAGCUGUCUCACGCCAUAGAGGGAGAGUCUAUGCAGUCAGAAGAGCCGACCCAGUCAGCUGACAGAUCGACCCCAACCAAGGUGUCAGCUGCUGUCAGCAUUUCAGGGGAGCUCAAGUUCAUCUCGGAGCAGGACACCGACGCGGAGCUGCCUGUCCCCACCGUUCAAAAAAAGAAGAAAAAGGUGAAGAAGCCAGACACCAACACAUUGACCACGCUGGUGACCUCUGCCAUGUCUGACCCCAGUGUGUCCAGCAUAUCCUCUGUGAGGAAGAAGAAGGCCAAAACCAGGGACAGGCCCCUCCCACAGAGAGGAGAAGCUAACAGUGCCUUUGAGCCAGACGGCUAAAGAAUAACCAAAAUCAACGGUUCCCAGGCUGUGACCGGUGGAAUCAAAUAUGUUUGUGAUGGAAGAGCAAAGCUUAAUGAACCUCAGGAUAGGGGAGUUUUAGCAUGUUGCCAAACACUGGCUUGUGUGAGGCAAUCAAAAGACACUUCUCCCCAUUGCAAAACUCUGUGAUUGGUUCAAGUCAUGGAUUUACUGUAAACAUGUGGUGUCUCCACUCAUUUUUGGGUUCAUGAAGCCUCACUCUCCCAUCACUAGGAUUUAAUGUAAGAAGAAUUAUAUUCUAUAUGAAGACUUACCAUGCUAGCAGUGGUCCAUCAGAAAACAUUUUUCUUCAAGGUUGAAGAACUACAUAUCUAACCCAUGAGGUGAAUGGAGUUUUCCCCAUGUGACUAAAACCUGAUGGAGAUUAUAAGAGCCACUAUAAUGUGGCUGACUGUUAAGUAAUGAGAGCCCAGUUUAAAAGCCAGACUUUUUAGAAUUUUGUUUUUACUUAGACCUGAUUUAAACCUGCACUGAAAACCAGCCUGUUUGUUUUAUUUGGGGAGUUUGAAGGUUUAAUGUAUCGUUUUAAUAAGUAUUUGGUACGUCUAACGGUAUGCAGUAUAUAAAUUGAUUAUAUAUGCUGUGUUAAAUUUUAGUUGGUCUAAUUGCAUUUUAUGUACAUCUAUUUAGAAUAUAAUGCCAUGUAUUUUAUAUAGAGUUUAUAUUUUAUAUCUCAAUGUGUUACGUAAUGCACACUAAAGACGUGAGGAUGUAUUACUAUUGAAGUUUUUUCUGGCAUUUGAUACAUUUUUGGCUAUAUAUGUACAUGAAGAACAAAACCUUUUGUCUGCUUAAUGGUACAUAUUUCCACACAGAAUAAUCAUAUCAUACUACAGAACAUC